AUGUUAGCAACAACAGCACCAAACUCUUUAGUCAUGAACCCAACAUCUAUGUUAGUAGAAAUGAAAAGCUUCAUUCCUUCUUCAUAUACUUUCGAAACAGAAAUCCAGAAGAUAAAGCAAGAACUUCUCCAAGGAGAUUUAGAUUGCACUGCGAAAGAUGAAACAAAUGAACAAUAUCUUUAUGAAAUGCAGGAUAUUAUUGACCAUCUACCUAAACUUCCUGAAAUACAACAACAAAAGCUUACUAUUCCUGAAUUCGAUGAAAUAGAAGUCAAAGCAACUGACUCAGUAGAAAUAAAGAAGUUCAUACGUAAGGUUAACUAUGAGUUUCUUGGAUUUCAUUGCAACCACAAAGUCAUGGACAAAGACUGCGACAUGGUAUAUAAGAACAUCUCUGACAUAUAUAAAUCUGAAGAAUUUAAGACCUACGACAACUUUGUUUCGUUAGUUGCAAAAUGUGUAUGGCAGAUAAGAGAUAAAGAUAGAAGAGGUAAAGUAUGGAACGAACAAAUAAAACCCGCAACUUUUGAGUUAAAGAAAACCAUUGACGCCUUA